UCGUAAUGAGCGCAAAUGACGAAAGUAGUAAUAAUGAAGAAGAAGAUAACAUCGAAGUAACGAUUGAAAAUGAACUUCAAAAGACAAUAGGAGAUGCAUUUUUGUUGUUCACCUCGGAAAAUAAUCGCCAAUCUAUAUCUGUCACAGAUCUUGGCAAGGUCAUUCGUCAUAUAGGAUGUGUACCAAGUGAAUUGGAGUUGAAAGAAUUCGCAAAAGAGGUUGUAAAUCCAAAAUAUCCAAAAAUUAUUAAAAUUAAUGUUUUUAUGCGACAUAUGGAAAUGCAGGUUCGAGCAUUCAGGUAUAGACCGGGUACGGCCAUUGAACUUCUUCAAGCGUUUCAGUUAUUGGACAUGGACCGGAAAGGUUCACUUUCCAUCGAAGAAAUUGAAACUGCUUUAAAAGGCGGCGAAUCGUUCGAUGAUGACGAAAUAGCCUAUGCUAUCAAAUCAUCCUACGAUCCUGAUAAUGAGUGUAUAUAUUAUGACACGUGGAUCAACAAGUUACUGGGCAAAACUAAAACGGACAUAUACGCAUUAAUACCAGUUGACAAAUUAGACGAAAAGGAUGCAGUAUUAAAACAACUUUUGGGUCAAAAUCAAAAUAAAUUGUGAACUAAUCAUAUUCAACCGAUAGAUAUUAUAGAAUUUAGUGUUAAAAAUAAGAAUAAAUUAAUUAAUUUAAUAUUCUACGAAUUAUUAAAAAUAUAUGUUUUUCAUUCUACCUAAGCAUAAACCAGGCGAUUGAAACAUAUACUGUUAAAUAAUAGAAUGUCUUUGUAAAACCAAAAUAAUUACUUGUGAAUAAAAUUCAAUGAAAUGCUU